AUGGUGCCAACCCUGUGCUCCCCGGGGGAUGGGGACGGGGACAGGGACAGGCAGGCAGCACCCAGGGGUGCCGCUCCCCGGGCGCAGGUGGCGGCGCAGCAGCAGGAGUCGGCCACGACGCAGAAGGCGGAGCGGGAGGUGUCGCGCAUGGUGGUGGUGAUGGUCGGCUCCUUCUGCCUCUGCUACGUGCCCUACGCCGCCCUGGCCAUGUACAUGGUGAACAACCGGGACCACGGCAUCGACCUGCGCCUGGUCACCAUCCCUGCCUUCUUCUCCAAGAGCGCCUGCGUCUACAACCCCAUCAUCUACUGCUUCAUGAACAAACAGUUCCGCGCCUGCAUCAUGGAGACGGUGUGCGGGAAGCCCAUGACGGACGACUCGGACAUCUCCAGCUCGGCGCAGAGGACCGAGGUGUCCUCGGUGUCCUCCAGCCAGGUCAGCCCCAGCUAGGAGCCACCGGAGCCCGGCCGGGACCCCCGUGGUGGCCGGGACC